GCCGGGCCGGGGCGGGCUCGGUGCCGGGGGCGGAGCGGGUGCCGCCCGGCCCCACAGACUCCAUUUUGCGGUGCAGCUGCGGGAGAGAGGCCGGAGGCUCCGCAGGUUUCCCCUCAGUUUUGCUGACAAAAUAUUUUCCUGUAAGCGGAAAGAGCGGAACUGAUCUUGGAAGGAAGUGUUGCUGGUCAUCUUGUUCCUGAAAGGACUUACAACUAGUGUUACAGUCAGAAAUACCAAAAGAAAUGCACUGUUGAAAGCCAAAUUUAAAGUUCAUUCAAGCAACCGUCAGUAAUAAAUACUGUACAGAAUGUCAUACCCGGGUUAUCCCCCUUCUGGUGGCUACCCUGCUUUCCCUGGUUAUCCGCCGACAGGACAAGAGUCUGUCUAUCCGCCAGCUGGUCAGUACUCCUAUCCCGCUGUUCCUGGAGGAUACCCUCCGGGAGGAGCAGGGGCCUACCCUGCAGCACCACCGAGUGCUGGAUAUCCAGGGGCAGCAGGAUAUCCUGCCGCAGGGGGAUACCCUGCCCCUGGGGGCUACCCUGGAACUCCCCAGGCUGGAGGAAUGCCACCAUAUCCUGGAGCUCCUACAGGCCCUGGGUUUGGUGUGCCUCCCGCUGGCCCUGGCUUUGGUGGCUACCCGCAGCCUCCUGCCCAAAGCUAUGCUGGAGGUGGACCAGCACAAAUUCCAGUAGGAUAUGCUGGUGGACAAGCACCGUCACCAAUGCCUGGUCCGCCUGCAGCAAUGGUUCAGUGUACCCAGGGCACAAUUCAAGCUGCUCCAAACUUUGAUGCUGGAAGGGAUGCAGAAAUUCUACGCAAAGCUAUGAAAGGGUUUGGAACUGAUGAGCAGGCUAUCAUUGAUGUUGUUGCUAACCGCUCCAAUGAUCAGAGGCAAAAAAUCAAGGCAGCUUUCAAGACUAUGUAUGGCAAGGAUUUAAUUAAAGAUCUGAAGUCCGAGUUAAGUGGAAACGUGGAGGAAUUGAUUCUAGCGCUCUUCAUGCCUAGCACCUACUACGAUGCCUGGAGUUUACGUCAUGCAAUGAAGGGAGCAGGCACUCAGGAGAGAGUGCUGAUUGAGAUCCUGUGCACAAGGACAAACCAGGAAAUACGAGAAAUAGUGAAGUGCUAUAAAUCAGAAUUUGGAAGGGACAUCGAACAAGACAUCAGAGCAGACACAUCAGGACACUUUGAACGAUUACUUAUAUCUAUGUGCCAAGGUAAUCGGGAUGAGAAUCAAACUGUGGAUUAUCAAAAAGCUCAAGAAGAUGCUCAGCGUCUGUACCAAGCAGGUGAAGGAAGACUUGGGACUGAUGAAUCUUGCUUUAAUAUGGUUCUGGCAAGCAGAAGUUUUCCCCAGCUGAAAGCAACGGUUGAGGCAUACUCCAGGAUUGCCAAUCGUGAUUUAUUAAGCAGCAUUGACCGAGAAUUUUCUGGAAACGUGGAACGUGGUUUGAAGGCUAUUUUGCAAUGUGCUUUAAAUCGCCCAGCCUUUUUUGCAGAAAGACUUUAUUAUUCUAUGAAAGGAGCUGGCACAGACGAUUCUACCCUCAUCAGAAUUAUAGUCACUCGCAGCGAGAUUGACCUUGUGCAAAUUAAACAGAUGUUCACACAAAUGUAUCAGAAGACUUUGGCUACAAUGAUAGCAAGUGAUACAAGCGGUGAUUACAGGCGUUUGCUGCUGGCAAUUGUUGGUCAAUAGAAGAGGAUAUCUGGGUUUUUGUUUUCUUUUUUAAAACAAACUGAAGGACAUGUAACAUGCUUUAUGCAGACACUGACUAUCCUUAUGUGUAAAAGAAUAAUUUUAAACUUUGUAUAAUCAAAUAUGCCUUCUUGAUCAUUCCAUAAGCUUGUUGCACUUAAAAUUGCCUUAAUUUACAGCACAUAAUAUUCUUUAUUGUAUAAUAAAAGAUAUAUAUCUUGUCUAUUAGCCCCUAUGCCUGAGUCCUUUUGACCCAGACAAAACCACCUCCCCUCUGCCAGACUCCCGGGUGUUUAAACUGUUUGUCUCAGCUGAAUCUCCAGCACUCAACAACUUCAUUGAAACGCCUAAACUGAACUGCUGAGCUGACUGUGCAAAAAAAGCCCCAGGCUGGGACGUAAAGCACUCUCCACCUCCCCUUUAAUGCCUUUCCAUCAUAAUGUUGAAAAAGAUGCAAGUGCUCAGUUUAAGUCACGUUACACUGACAGCUUAAGGACCUUGGCAGAAUCUGACUGUACGCCCUUAUUUAAUUUCUUAAAUUAAGUUACCACUAGUGGUUAGUUACCAUCAUGCUUAAGGUGCAAUGGGAAGGAGAAAUCAUCCUGGAACUAAUUUUGAAGUAUCUCCUUGUAAAGGAGUGGGUUAUACAGCAAAUGACUGAGCAAUGAAAAGAGCCAGAAUCUGAAGGCUAACACUACAGAACACAUGUAAAUCCAAACUGAAAGCGACUGUGACCUAGACAAUAUAAAUGACUAUGUGGAUGUUUUCAAAGGAUUAAAACAGAACAGCUUUGAGUAGCACAUUUGGCUUUUUAGAAAGACGCGGUGAAUCCGUCCCCAGCCAUAAAUACAACAGAAGCUUCAAGUUCAGCAGCCAGCAAUGUGUUUUCUGACAUUUCUACGCAAUGCUUUAACAAAUAACAAUUGUAUUACAGAACGUGCUCACACAAACAGCAAAACCCUAUUUCUGUUAUCCCUCAAACAAAAGUGGCUGGGGCUGGUAGAGCCGAUCCUAAUAGAGCAAAGCUUUCACUCUUAUACAGCGCAUACGUAAAGGUUUCUGCAAAACAAUAAUAGAUAUCAGAUUUACUAUACUGAAAAAGCUUAAGUAUUUCACUUACGUCAGUGUUCUGUAACUUAAAUCUGACUUCAGACUAUAUACUUUUUCUGAUAUUAAACUCAGUUCAGUUUAAAAUUAAUUAUUUCAAACACGAACAAUAGAUGGAAGUUGAUUUGGGGAGAUUAAGACAUUCCGCUCUGCAUUACUUUGGUCACCCUUGCUGCAAGUAUCCACUGAUAUAUUUAUAUAUAGAUACAGAUAUAUCUGUCAAUAGCUUUCCAAGGUUGACCAAGAUUCUCAUAAGCUUUGGUUCUUGUUUCUUUGCUUUUCCUCACAAACUUCCUUACAAGUGAAGCAGCUCAGCAUUUAAUAAUUAAAGCAUAUUAGUGCAUCUAUAUCUUUUUACGUGACUAAAAAAAUCCCCACCACCUCACUGGUCAUUCAAAGAAUAUCGAUUAAGUCUGGCUCGUACGUACUACUACAAAAAAGUAAACAGACGAAUAGGGCUCUAUGUCCUAAUGACAUUCACCUGUUUUAUGGCAAAAAGUUAUUUUCAUUACAUGCUAGCAACAAAGAAUUGUUAAGUGGGUGACAAGAACUGAAUGAUUGAUAUUGAAAUUGUAGCAAAAAAUUGGCAAGGAAAGAAUGAACAGAUACUGUCUAUCCUGCCUCUAUGUAACUAACAUAACGGCGUUUCAAGAUUAAAUGUUAGAAAAAAAA